CUAUCUAGGAUCCAGUGCUACCAUGACUCGUUCAUUCUUCAUCCUCUUCGCCGUUCUGGCAGUGUUCAGUGCUGGUUCGUAUGGACAGCAGUGCGGCGAGAACGAGCAGUUCAAUUCCUGCGGGUCAGCUUGCGAACCCUCUUGCAGCAACCCGUCGCCGCAGAUCUGCACUAUGCAAUGCGUAAUCGGCUGCCAGUGUAAGCCAGGAUUCCUGAGAAGCUCCGGCGGAGUUUGCGUCAGUCCGGGAAGCUGUUAGCGUUCCUGGCAACGAUCUGCCUAAUUUAUCGACGACCAGCUCAUCUACGAAUGAUCUACGAAUGUCUCGUUCUGCCCGGACGCUCCUCCAAAGAGUAAUGUCUCGGCUGGGAAUAAAUAAACGCUGAAUUUCAACGCA